AUGGAGGGGCGAGUGGGGGCGCUGCGGAAGCAGGCGGGGGCGGAGAGGGAGGGUAGGGUGGCGACGGCGGCGCAGCAGGCGCGGCUGGGGGCGGAGGUGGCGGCGAUGGAGGCGCGAGUGGGGGAGCUAAGGGAGCGGGCGGAGGUGGAGAGGGAGGGGAGGGUGGCGGCGAAUAGGGAGGUGACACGUGUGGUUGAGGAACUGAGGCGGGCGGAAGAGCGUGUGGCAGCAUGCGAGCAAGAAAAGCAGACGCUGAGAGGUGAGAGCCCCUCCGUCGCUGCUGCCCUUCCGAACCCAACUCUUCCUCUGCCCUCCCAAACCCCUCCGUGCAGACGAGGCAGCAGUGCUGGCGCAACACGAACUGGGCCUCAGAGCUGCGCUGGUGUGAAACACGGGCGUGCCGCCGUGUGUCCUCCCUCCCUCCCCAUCCCUUGCUUCCAUUGCCCCCUCACACCCCUCCGUGCAGACGAGGCAGCAUUGCUGGCGCAACAGGCAGUGGGCCUCAGAGCUGCGCUGGUUAGAGGAGGCGGCAGCGCUGGCGCAACAGGCGCUCGACCUCAGAGCUGCGUUGCAAGCAGCAGAGGCGGAGAGGAGUAUUUGAGUCGACUCAAAAUGCGCUGCCCUCCCCAACCCCCAACCAUGCGUGCAGAGGAAGCGGCAGCGCUGGCGCAACAGGCACUCGACCUGAAAGACGCUCUGCAAGCAGCAGAGGCGGAGAGGGGGAGAGUUGCUGCAGCGGCUGCUGCUGCUGAGAGCGAGAGGGAUGAACUGAGACGAGGGGUGGUUGAGGUGAGGCGAGAGGUGGAUGAGGUGACGAUACUACAGGUGAAGGAGGUUCAGAUGCUGCAGAGGGAGAGGGACGAGGCGAGGCGAGAACUGAAGGAGGCGAGGAGGGAGUUGGAUGAAGUGCGAUUACUGCAGGUGGAGGAGGUGCUGCCGCUGCAGAGGGAGAGGGACGAGGUGAGGCGAGAAAGGGACGAGGCAAGGAGUGAAAGGGACGAGGUGAGGCGAGAGUUAGAGGAGGUGAGGAGGGAGCUUGAUGAAGUGAGAUCAUUGCAGGUGGAGGAGGCGCAGGUGCUGCAGAGACAGAAUCAGCAGCUGCCUUGCCAGAUCCAGCAGCCUCAGCAGCAGCCGCAGCCGCCGCAGCAGCAGCAUUCAUCUCAGCAGCAUGAGCAGCAGCAGCGGCAGCAGCAUGAGCGCGUGGAGUGUCGGUUGGGCAGCCGCACGCAUCAUGUGCUGGUGGAUCGCCGCUUGUUACACUUGCUCUCACCAGACGCUGCUCGGAGCAGCAGCAGCGGUGACGCAGCAAGGGCUGAGGGCACUGGAGCAGGGGGGAAUGAGGCCGAGAGAGGAACUGGAGGAGAGAGCGAGAGAGGAAUGGUAGCAACAGGAAGGGCAGCUGGGGUGGUGUGUGAUUUGCUGGAGGCUGCAACAGCGGCUGUGGCAGCAGCAGUGGGGGACAGGCAGGCGAGCAGCGAUGCGCUGGCUUUACUAUCACAGGCACAGGUGAUACUAUCGAGGGUGAUAGUACCAAAUGCUGGCGAUUCAGGGAGCUUCGGAAGUAGCAGAAGCAGUGCACACCCGUUAACCCCUUCAUCCUCCUCUCCCUUUGGGCUUCCCUCCUCCUCGUCCUGUUCAAGCUCAUCCUCUUUAAAGGAUGCUGCGAUAUUGGCUGCAAGAGCAGAGAGGGAGCGGCUAGUGAGGAGAUUGGAGGAGGUGGAGGCGCGAUGGGAGAGGUCCCAGGACGAGCUCCGGAGGAGUUUGGGGGAGAAAGAGGAGCUUAAGAAGGAGUUGAGUGCGGUUCUGGGGAGUGUGGCAGAAGAACCGAGGGAGUGGGCGGAGAGGAGGGAAGAGGAGAGGAGGAAGAGUAAUGGGGUGAUGAUGAUGCUGGGUGUGGUGGAGAGAGGGAGGGAGGAAGCGGAGAGGAGGAGGAGGGAUGCGGAGAGGAGGUGUGAGUGGAUGGAGAGGAGGUUAAGGGAAGCAGAGAGAAGGCUGGAGGAGAGGGGGUUGGGGGUGGGCGCUGGGAUGGGGAUGGGGGUGGGAGCGGGGGUGGAGGUGAGUGGUAAGGUGGAAGGAGAGGGUGGGAAGUUAGUGGGGAAGGGUAAGGGGAGUGAGGGGAACGGGGCAAGUGUGGGAGGAGGUGGGGAUGGGGGAUGCGAGGGUGGGGGAGGAGACAGAGAAGGGGAGGUGAUAUCAGGGGAAGGGGAGAGGAAGUGGCAUCAAGCAGCAGCGAAGCAGCAGCAAAGGCAGCUGAAAGGGCAGCAGCAGGCGGGGGAACGAGAGCAGCAGGUACGAGGGGAACAGCAGGUACGAGGGGAACAGCAGGCAGAGAAGAUAGAAGGUAAUGGGCAGGACAGAACGGAGGGCGCACAGCACGAGCAGCAGCAAGGGCUGGGGGGGCAGGAGAAGCAUGAGGGGCAGGGGGGACGGAACCAGCAGUGGCAGCAGCAGCGGCAGGAGCAGGCAGAAGGGCAGCAACACGUGCAAGCGCGGAGCCGAAUGGAGCGGGUGUCAGUGUGGGCCCAGCAAAGGACCGGCAGCAUCGAGGCUACCACGCGUCCCCAAUGCCCUCCCCCUCUUCCUCCGCCUCUGGUCAUGCUGGUGGUGCUUCCAAUGCAGCUCCCUCUGCCUCUGCCGUUGCUCCUCCCCUUCCGACUAUGUCCACUCCUUUUGCUGCACCUGUAG